AUGUUUCGUCUUCGCGAUCCAGCGGAAAACGUCUCUGGGGCAAAGUAUCAAUGGGCUGGUGUUAUAAUGAGAAGGACAGUCGACCGAUGGACACCAAGAACUAUGGAAUGGAUUUCUCGCGAAGCAAAACGUCCUCGAGGGAGGUCAUCAGCCAGAUGGGCUUACGUGUUCGUUACACGGAUGGACCAGCUGAAUUCUCCGCUGGUAAGGAAUGGAUGUGGACCUCGCAAACGUCGCCGCCGCAGUUCAAUACUAACAUCGUGGAUGACGAUAGCGAGAGAUAGAAACGGAUGGAAACAGUGCUGUGGCCUGUACGACAAUCAAAGACAGGCCAUUUAA